ACCGUCUCUGUUCCGGUAAAAUAUUUGUUUUUACUUGCCUGCAAAACCUGAAAACAGUUCAAAUAGUGAAGGUAUUCUUGCCCAGAUUCAUUCAGCAACUUUAUUACAGUGAAGAGACACUCUGCAACGUUUUGAUCUACCCAUUUACCAGACAAUGCCACCAAAACGUAAAGCUGGAGGGACCAAGGCAAAAGCUGGAGGAAAGAAGGUCAAAGUUGAUACCAAAGCAGGAGGAGAGCCCACUGUACGUGAUGCAAUAGCUGCGCUGAAAAAAGCUGGCUCUGGAAAGAAGGUGUUUGCUGUUGACAAAUUGUGUCCCAUAUCAGCAAAUUCUGAUGUCCAUGAGGAUUAUGACUGUAUGUUAAACCAAACUAACAUUGGACACAACAACAACAAGUACUACAUCAUCCAGGUCCUGAUACAUAGAUUCAAUGGACAGUUCUAUGCAUGGAACAGAUGGGGACGUGUGGGUGAAAAUGGUGCAAAUGCACUAAAAGGUCCAAUGUCUGAAGAGGAUGCAAUCAAGGAAUUCUGCAAAAAGUUUUCAGAUAAAACUAAGAAUAAAUGGGAUAAUAGGAAGAAAUUUACCCCUGCAGCAGGCAAAUACACUCUUAUUGAGGUUGAAGGCACUGAUGAAACAGACAUGGCUGAAACUAGUGCUAAGCUUGCAGCCCUUGAUGAGGUUGAUUCAAGUGUGAAAGUUGCACCUUGCACCCUAGAGAAACCAACCCAGAAUCUGCUGAGCCUGAUCUUUGACCAGGACAUGUUCAAUGAAGCAAUGAAGAGUUAUGAUAUAGAUGUUAAGAAAAUGCCAUUGGGAAAGCUUAGCAAAGUUCAGAUUGCCAAAGGAUUCGAAUGCUUGGAAGAAAUCCAAAAGGCAAUCGAGAAAAAGAAAUCUGUGCACUCUGAAUUGGUUGCCUUGACAUCAAAGUUCUAUACAUUGAUACCUCACGACUUUGGUCGCCAGAGACCCCCUAUAAUCACCACAAUGGAAGUAGUGCGUGCCAAGAUGGACAUGUUAUUGGUACUCGCUGACAUAGAGCUUGCACAAGCCAUGCAGAAGGACAAGAAGAAAGCCCCUAAGAAAAAGGCUGAAAGUACCAAGCCACAUCCUUUAGAUGAGAAGUAUGAGAUGCUCAACACAAACCUGACACUACUUAACAAAAAGUCUGAGGAAUUUAAGAUCAUUGAGACCUACUUGGAGAAUACUAAAGGCUACUACAACAAUUUAAAGCUUCAGAAUGUAUGGACAGUCGACAGGGCAGGAGAGGGUGACAGAUUCUCAGUUCAUGAUAAGAUUGGGAAUCGCAAAUUGCUGUGGCACGGCACAAAUGUUGCAGUUGUGGCUGCCAUUAUGAAGAGCGGAUUACGCAUCAUGCCUCACAGUGGAGGACGUGUCGGCUCUGGAAUCUACUUUGCUUCAGAAAAUGGAAAAUCUGCUGGUUAUGUGAGCCCUGCAAAGAGGACAGGCAUCAUGUUCCUGAAUGAAGUAGUCCUAGGCAAGGAACAUCAUAUCACAAAGGACCAAUGGACACUGAAAUCUGCACCUAAAGGUCAUGAUAGCGUCAUAGCUAAAGGCUGGACAGAACCCGAUCCCAAAAAAGAUACAAGUCUCACAAUUGAUGGGAAGAAUAUUAUUGUUCCACAGGGUAAACCAAUCAAGCAGAGCAAGUAUGAUAGCAAGAGCAGCUUCAGCCAAAGUGAAUAUUUGAUCUAUAAGGAAUCUCAAUGCAGAAUCAGAUACAUGCUUGCUUUGACAUUUUGAAGCACCCAGACCUAUUAACAACCAAACUGGGUUUCUUAACCACAACCACCAUGUUAUUUUUUGAGCACUGAAUUUUUAAGAUUUUUUCAGUGAUGUUUUUCGUGAAAAAAAAUUGGUGUUUCAUUAUUUGUUGAUUAACAUUAUGUUUA